AUGUUUGUGGCCAUCUUGUACUGGGUCCUGACAGUCAUCUUCCUCAUCAUCUACCUGACCAUGGCUUACAACAGGAUCCCUCAGGUCCCCUGGACAGUUGUGGUACGACACAUACUACGACACAUAAUACAAUAGCACAUUAUCUGACCAACUUGAAACUUGAGUGAUUGGGGUUGUUUAUUAUAUAUCUAGUGAUUGAAUAAUUGUGGACUAUUUAUGUAACUCAAAAGCAAUGGAGUGAACUUCCUGGAUGGUUUUGGGGAAGAGAGGAUUUUUGUGUGCUCCUGACCAUGUCUUUAUGAAUGUGAUCAAAUGAAGCCAUUCUAUACUGUGUACUAGCCUACAGUAUCUGAGCCAGCCAGCCAGGAAUCCUGUUAUUGUCAUUCUACAGGGCCUGUUCUUCAACAGUAGUGCUACAGUGAUGUAUGUGGUGUUCUACAGAAUCUGUUCUUCAACAGUAGUGCUACAGUGAUGUAUGUGGUGUUCUACAGGGCCUGUUCUUCAACAGUAGUGCUACAGUGAUGUAUGUGGUGUUCUACAGGGCCUGUUCUUCAACAGUAGUGCUACAGUGAUGUAUGUGGUGUCCUACAGGGCCUGUUCUUCAACAAUAGUGCUACAGUGAUGUAUGUGAUGUUCUACAGGGCCUGUUCUUCAACAGUAGUGCUACAGUGAUGUAUGUGGUGUUCUACAGGGCCUUUUCUUCAACAGUAGUGCUACAGUGAUGUAUGUGGUGUUCUACAGGGCCUGUUUUUCAACAGUAGUGCAACAGUGAUGUAUGUGGUGUUCUACAGGGCCUGUUCUUCAACAGUAGUGAUACAGUGAUGUAUGUGGUGUUCUACAGGGCCUGUUCUUCAUCAGUAUGGCUACAGUGAUGUAUGUGGUGUUCUACAGGGCCUGUUCUUCAACAGUAGUGCCACAGUGAUGUAUGUGGUGUUCUACAGUGUCUGUUCUUCAACAGUAGUGAUACAGUGAUGUAUGUGGUGUUCUACAGGGCCUGUUCUUCAUCAGUAGUGCUACAGUGAUGUAUGUGGUGUUCCACAGGGCCUGUUUUUCAACAGUAGUGCUACAGUGAUGUAUGUGGUGUUCCACAGGGCCUGUUUUUCAACAGUAGUGCUACAGUGAUGUAUGUGGUGUUCUACAGGGCCUGUUCUUCAACAGUAGUGCUACAGUGAUGUAUGUGGUGUUCUACAGGGCCUGUUUUUCAACAGUAGUGCUACUGUGAUGUAUGUGGUGUUCUACAGGGCCUGUUCUUCAACAGUAGUGCUAUAGUGAUGUAUGUGGUGUUCUACAGGGCCUGUUCUUCAACAGUAGUGCUACAGUGAUGUAUGUGGUGUUCUACAGGGCCUGUUCUUCAACAGUAGUGCUACAGUGAUGUAUGUGGUGUUCUACAGGGCCUGUUCUUCAACAGUAGUGCUACAGUGAUGUAUGUGGUGGCAGCAGCAGUGGAUGCAGCCUCAAUCAGCCAUGCUGUUAAAGGGCGCCAUAACUACAACUGCUGGGUAGUAUCCACGGUAAGAAAACCAGCUCAGACCACCCAGACAUACAUUCAAAUCACGCCAACUGUGAAAAUAUACCACAAAUAUGACUGAGUAUUUAUGAUUAAAGCGAUAUCAAAAUAUACAAUAAUAAAAUGGAAAUAUAUGCCUACAAGUCAGAUAAGAGAAGUAUGAUGCCACUGUGUACCAUCCCAAUGAUAUCUAUUUGGUCCAUUUAAGCCUGCUCUACUCACACCUACUAUUGUACUGAAUUUCAAUGUUUUCAUCUGUCUGUUUUUCAGUUCUUUGCCUUCCUGGUCACGCUCUGCUAUGCAGGAAGUACGUAUAUAAGUUUUAAAUCGUGGCGAUCGAGGGCUGAGGAACAAUAA